AGCCGGUUCUAUAUUGGUCUAAACUCAAAGCGGAAUGCUUCCAGAUUCUCGCCGCAUUCACAGCAAUCCACUCCACUCGCGCGUGCCUCGUCCACCCAGAUCUCAGUGCUUGGGAUCGCAGCAUGGUUUGGUCUUCUGCUCGUCUGCCCUGGAAGUCAAUGGUCUUCCAAUGCGCCGUCUGUGUCGUCAUGUUCCAGGACAGUCUGGACCCCAACAAAUGCGGGAGACAGAGAAGUUGACUGCCGCCUGCGGAAGCCUCCCACCGCCGUUCUUUUGACAGCACUGUACGUCCCAUCACCGGCGGGCCUGCCUCAUGAUCUCUGCGUGCCCCGAUUGGUGAAAUGGCGAGCUAUAGUCUGA